GGGAAAUGGCGGAGAGAGGGGAAGCUUGGAAUGCUACGCUCUUCUUCUCGAUACUAGAGACUUUAGAUACGCCCAUCGCUUUGUCUCGCCUCGUAGCUUACAGGAACGCUCGCACGGAAAACUCAGUACUGCUCGCUGCUCAAGUAUGGCUUCGACGAGAGUUGGUGCGGGGAGUAUCCUGCUCCUCAAUGGACCCAAUUUGAACAUGCUAGGUACUCGCGAGCCAGAGAGGUACGGGUCCACAACACUAGAUGACGUUGAGACGCAAUGUGCCGCCCUUGUCUCCUCACACCCUGCCACUUCAGGAUCUUCGACUUCGAGCUCUCCAGUGUUCUCAGCCUACCAAUCCAAUCACGAAGGUGACCUCAUCGACCGUAUUCACGAAGCGAAACAGGAGGGCGUUGAAGCGAUCAUCAUCAAUGCUGGCGCAUACACGCACACUUCCGUAGCCGUCAGGGAUGCAUUACUCUCGGUGGAUAUACCCUUCUUUGAGGUGCAUGUCACAAACGUCCACGCUCGUGAGCCGUUCCGCCAUCACUCCUACCUCUCCGACAAGGCAGCCGGUAUCAUUGUCGGUUUGGGCGUACAUGGCUACUAUGCAGCCAUCAACUAUUGCCUGACGGCCUUGACGGUCAAGGUGGCUACGACAUAGCACAGGGUGGAACACUGUAUGGCUCAGUAUCGAACAAUGCAAUGACUUCUUAUCAUAACUAUCAGAGCAAUCGCAAACAUGCAAGGUUCGACAGUGGGUGACAAUUGAGAUUGAAUACGUGACAGAGAUCGAAGCAAAAAUGUGUGUAUGUACGUAUGUGUAUGUGCUGUGA